GUCCGCGGCGGCGGUAGGGGGCGGGGCCCGCGUCUGUAACGGCCAGGCAAGAUGGCGGCUAUGGAGACCGAGUCGGUGUCUCUGACUCUAGAAUCGCUGCCCACCGACCCCCUGCUCCUCAUCUUAUCUUUCUUGGACUACCGGGACCUGAUCAAUUGUUGCUAUGUCAGUCGACGACUUAGUCAACUAUCAAGUCAUGAUCCACUGUGGAGAAGACAUUGCAAAAAAUACUGGCUGAUAUCUGAGGAAGAGAAAACACAGAAGAAUCAGUGUUGGAAAUCUCUCUUCAUAGAUACUUACUCUGAUGUAGGAAGAUACAUUGACCAUUAUGCUGCUAUUAAAAAGGCCUGGGAUGAUCUCAAGAAAUAUCUGGAACCCAGAUGUCCCCGGAUGGUCUUAUCUCUGAAAGAAGGUGCUCGAGAGGAAGACCUAGAUGCUGUGGAAGCUCAGAUUGGUUGUAAGCUUCCUGACGAUUAUCGCUGUUCAUAUCGUAUCCACAAUGGACAGAAGCUAGUGGUUCCUGGGUUGUUGGGAAGUAUGGCGCUGUCUAAUCACUAUCGUUCUGAGGAUUUGUUAGACGUCGAUACUGCUGCUGGAGGCUUCCAGCAGAGACAGGGACUGAAAUACUGUCUCCCUUUAACUUUCUGCAUACACACUGGUUUAAGCCAGUAUAUAGCAGUAGAAGCUGCGGAGGGCCGAAACAAAAACGAAGUUUUCUACCAGUGUCCAGACCAAAUGGCUCGGAAUCCAGCUGCUAUUGACAUGUUUAUCAUAGGUGCUACUUUUACUGACUGGUUUACUUCUUACGUCAACAAUGUUGUAUCAGGAGGCUUCCCUAUCAUCAGAGACCAAAUAUUCAGAUAUAUUCAUGAUCCAGAGUGUGUAGCAACAACUGGGGAUAUUACAGUUUCAGUUUCCACAUCAUUUUUGCCAGAACUGAGCUCUGUACAUCCACCCCACUAUUUCUUCACCUACCGAAUCAGGAUUGAAAUGUCAAAGGAUGCACUUCCUGAAAAAGCUUGUCAGCUGGACAGUCGCUAUUGGAGAAUAACAAAUGCUAAAGGUGAUGUAGAAGAAGUACAGGGGCCUGGAGUAGUCGGUGAAUUCCCAAUCAUCAGUCCAGGUCGGGUGUAUGAAUACACAAGUUGCACCACAUUCUCUACAACAUCAGGAUAUAUGGAAGGAUAUUAUACCUUCCACUUCCUUUACUUUAAAGAUAAAAUUUUUAAUGUUGCCAUUCCCCGAUUCCAUAUGGCAUGCCCAACUUUCAGGGUGUCUAUAGCUCGAUUGAGUCAGGGCCCUUACAUAAAUGCAGUUUUUGUGCUCCUGGGCUGGCUUUUUCAUUCAGAUAGAAAGAAGGGGAGAAAUACCACAGUAGCAGAACUUCACGCUGGUGCCCUGAUACUCCCAUGUGGUGCCAGGGACCAAUCCUGGGCUUUAAAGCAUGUGCCCUAUCUAGAAAUGAGUCCUGAAGAAUACGAAGAAAUGGAAGAGGAAGCAGAGGAGGAGGAGGAAGAUGAUGAUGAUGAAGUUGAUUCAGGAGACAUGGUGGAAUCUGAUGAAGAUGAGGAGGAGGCGAGAAGGAGGAGGGUUUUUGAUGUUCCCAUUCGCAGACGCCGCUGCUCUCGCCUUUUUUAGCCAGCCUUGCUGAUGGAAACACCAGAACAAAUCCAGCCUGUUAAAUAGUCUUCUCAAUAAUGUAAAUAACUAAACUUUUCUUAGCAUAUAGCAGGAAAACUAGCAUGAAAAAAAUGUUCCAGAACCUGGGUUCUAUACAAAACAUUAGGAACUGGGUUGUUUUUGGUUUUUUUUGUGUGUGUUUUUGAGGUAGAGGAAGAAAUGGGAAUAGGGAUCUUGGUUGUUUUGUUUUUGUUUUUCUCAUCUCGGAGUCAAUGGAAAAGUAGUUCUGUAGCUAAGGAAUACUACUUUGUUUAAAAAUAUUUUAUACUUACAAAUAGAUGGAAACAGGAGGGACUUGUUCUGAAUAAGGAUUUAAAAUGUAGUAGGAAUGCCUACGCAAGGAUAGAGAAGAGCUAUGUGGUUGGAUGACUCUGAAAAGACUUCUUGCAGUUUUGAGUUAUUUAGAAAUGAACAGAAUUUGUAAUUAGACUAAUCCAUUUAGUGAUUCCUAUAUAUUUUGUACACACAGGGAACUUACUAAAUAACUUGAAUGCUAGUUGUUCGUCCUUUCUUAGACAAUGUGUCCUUGAAUUUAAAAUUUUCAUCACUAUAUCCUUGAAUUUAAAGCUUCUAUUGAUAUGACUUUAACCUUGAAUUGGUAGUCUCCAACCCUACCAGCCUUGGAUUUAAUUUAAAAUCUUCAGUGCUAUGACCUUUAUCAUACUGUUAGCAGAUGUAUCAUUUUUGAAAUGUAGUGUAUACAAGUAUGUGCUGUAUUGUUUAUUAAGAAAUGAUUAUUGUAAUGUCUCAUGGAGUCCGAAUUUGUAAAUACUGCUUCUGUUUCUUUAUAUACUUGACUGUCUAACUUUGUGAUAAGUGACAUGAGUUUUAUGUUAAGAUUAAGUAUGCUUUCCUGAAACAUGGAUAUAUUUUUUUUGUACUUAUGUAAUUGAGCGUUUGGAAUGAAAUCCUCCAGGUGUCAAAACUCACAUUUUAAAAACAAAUUUUGAUUUUGAUUCUGUAUUUGUGCAACUGCCUAUUUUCCAUAAACUAAUAUAAAUAAGCCUUUGAUCUUCAGAUGAAGAUGAGAUUGUUACU